UGAUAUAUAUAAAUAUACCCGUCUGUCUAUAUAUACAAAACCGGAAUGAAUAAAAGCACCGUGUAAACGUAGUCAUUUUCACGCCUUUGACUUUGCCCCACGCCUUUGCCCACGCUCCGCCAGAAAGCCGAAACAACGUUAUAGCGGUUCGUGACGUUCGCGUGUGUAUUUGAAAUCGUUCAUCAACGAACCGCUCGAAAUUUGCGAAUCCCAUAAAUCCAAUUCCAACCGGUUCUGUCGAUAAACCAAAUAACAGCGGAUUACAAAAUGUCGAGUACGUCACAGAAACACAAGAAUUUUGUCGCCGAGCCCAUGGGCGAUAAACCGGUCACUGAUUUGGCUGGAAUUGGCGAAGUCUUGGGCAGGAGGUUACAGGAAGCUGGGUUUGAUAAAGCAUAUGUUGUACUUGGACAAUACUUAGUAUUGAAGAAAAAUCGGGAGCUCUUCCAAGAGUGGAUGAAGGACACGUGUCAAGCAAGUUCAAAACACAGCAACGAUUGUUACCAAUGUUUGAACGAUUGGUGCGAAGAAUUUUUGUAAAGUAGUUUAUAAGAUGCUUUAGACUAUCGUAUAGCAAUACUCGGAUUUAUGUUUUAAUAUUUGAUGCACAAACGACAAAAGGAUAAAAGACGUUAAAGCUCCAGUGAAAAGCUAAGAAAACAAGAUAAUAAUGAAAGAGGAAAAAACAUAUUAACACUAAAAAUGUUAGAGACAAUAUUUUUAUACUUGUUUUAAUAACGUAUGACAUCAAAAAAUCUUGAACAUUUAAUUUUAUCGACAUAAUGAACCUUUAACGAAUAAUGAAUACUCUAUUAUUUAUGAACAAUUUGUGACCGACUUUUUUUCGUUCUAUUUUUGUCGCAUUCUUUCGUACUUUAAAAAACACGUAAAAUUAUAUGAUGAAAAAUUUAGUGUGCAGGAAAUAAAAAAUAUGUUGUACCACGUUUUGUAUUUUUGUGGAAUUUUACCCAAUGGGAUCGGUUUAAUUUAAUAUUAAAGAUAUAAUCAGCCAUUCACAGAAUUAA